CUGGGCAUCUACCUGGCUGCCCUCCUGGGCAACGGCCUCAUCCUCACUGCCGUAGCCUGCGACCACCACCUCCACACCCCCAUGUACUUCCACUACGGGAGCCUCCUGGGCAGCAGAGCUUGUGCCCAGAUGGCAGCAGUUGCCUGGGGCAGUGGCUUUCUCCUUGCUCUCCUGCACACGGCCAAUACAUUUUCCCUUCCUCUCUGUUGUGGCAAUACCCUCAACCAGUUCUUCUGUGAAAUUCCCCAGAUCCUCAAGCUCUCCUGCUCAGACUCCUACCUAAGGGAAUCUCAACUUACUACAGCUACUGCUUUUCUGUUAUUGGGGUGUUUUGUUUUCAUUGCUCUGUCCUAUGUGCAGAUCUUCAGGGCUGUGCUGAGGAUCCCCUCACAGCAGGGACGGCACAAAGCAUUUUCCACGUGUCUCCCUCACCUGGCUGUGGUCUCCCUCUUUCUCAGCACAAUUAUCUUUGCCCACCUGAAGCCCCCCUCGAUUUCCUCCCCUUCCCUGGAUCUUGUUCUGGCAUUCCUGUACUUGGUGGUGCCUCCAGUAGCGAACCCUUUCAUCUACAGCAUGAGGAACAAGGAGAUCAAGGUUGCCAUGUGGAAA